UUGUGUAAAUGUUAUUGAUAUAGGCAUUGCCAUCGCGUAGCUCUCGUUCAUUCGUUCUUCUCAGGUUCAUCGUAUUCAGUGAUUCGUUCCGACACGGGCAAUGGGCAAGGGCGCGUACAUUAGAAUCACGACACCAGGCAAACCGAAAUGUUGCAUUGAGAUAUGUAAG